AUGAUAAUCAUCAACUCUACUUCCACCAUCUUUCCAAGCGAGCUUACCCCAACCGCCAUAUUACCGUUGUCUGAGACUGAGAGCGAUCAAAUGAUGCAGCGGAGUCACGAACCCGUCGUCUUCAUCUACAAACCCACAAACGACAACAAUACAAACACCAAAACAUUUUCUUUUGAGACAAUGAAAAACUCUCUGAGUUGUGCAUUGGUUCACUAUUACCCAGUAGCCGGCCGGCUACGCUGCGUUGAAGGCGACCGGCUAGAAGUCCAUUGCAACGCCAUGGGAGCGCUAUUGUUGGAAGCUUAUUGUGAAGAAAAACUUGACGAACUUGGUGAUUUUGAUCCCAACGGGAUACUCCAAGAUCUCGUCCCUAAAUUUGAUUACAGUACAGUACCAAUAGAGGAGUGGCCUCUGUUGAUGGUGCAACUAACAGGAUUUCACUGCGGUGGCUUUUGUGUUGGGGUGUCCUUAUCCCACUCUGUGGCUGAUGGACAGUCUUUAGCAAGCUUCAUGAGCUCAUGGGCCAAGCUGGCUCGGGGAGAUGAUCUAUGGCAGCAUGAGAUGCCGCUGCAUGAUCGAACAACCAUGUCACGAUCACGUGAACCGCUUGAUCCUCCACGCGUUGAUCAAGCAGAGUUCACGAAGCCACCUUUCUUAGUAUGUCGGUACAUCAAGACAGAGCAAAACAGGGACAGUAGUGCUAUCUUAUUGAAAGUCACCGGAGAGCAAGUUGAGGGACUGCGGAAGGAUGCCAAUGAAAUGUUCCAAUAUCGAAACACAGUGGCGAGACGACCGUACACUAGAUACGAGGCUGUUGCCGGUCACAUGUGGAGGUCUGUAUGUAAGGCACGUGCGGGUAACAUUCUUCAACCAACAAAGGUGCGUUUUAAAUCAUCAUUUACCAAAAGAUUGAAGCCGGCUCUCCCAGAAAGAUACAAUGGGAAUGCAAUUUUUCGUACCGUGACGCAGACUUGUCUCUACGGCGAUCUCUUUUCCAUGCCGUUGAGCUAUGCUGCGGGGAAGCUCAGGGAAGCAACUCAUGAGAAAAUGACAGAUGAGUACAUUAGGUCGGCUCUUGAUUUUAUAGGAACUCAGAAACAUUGGGAUUCGCUGAGGAACAACCACCACAUCCCUGGACGGCCUCAUUUGUCCGGGAAUAUUCCCAACCUUUCUAUUGGCUGUUGGAUCGGUGUGCCGUUUUAUGCAAUAGAUUUCGGGUGGGGAAAGCCUGUAUACGUGGGUCCUGUGGUUUUGAACACUGACGGCAAGUCGUUUAUCAUACCAAGUCCUGCUGAUGAUGGUUCUCUGAUCACCAUACUAGUCUGUUUCCAAACACAGUACUUGGAUUCUUUUAAGAGAUUCUUCUAUGAGGAUCUGACUAAGAAGCCAUUGAUUUGCUACACAGAAGAAGCUUUCUCUGACACUUGGCUCGGUGUACUGGUUGAUCAAAUCGCCGCCUUAGUAGUUGCUAAUGGGUGUCACCCUCAAUCAAAUCAGUGUUUCGAGGAGAAGGAUGACAAGGAUAGCUUUGAUGACGAGUUUCUAAAUGAAAUAAAAUUUGAAGAUCCUUUUCAAAGUUCAGUGGAUUGGAAUUCUCCAACAAUCUAUGAUGUCGAUAUCAAUGAUGAAGAUCUUGUGGAGGCAACCCUUUAUAGAAUUGGUUGCUCUCAAGCUUCUGUGGCUUAUUCAUGUAGUGCAUUGAUUUGUCUGUCUUGGAUAUGCCAUUCUGAUUGGCAAGAACAAAUCGCUGAUGCUGUGGAGUCUAAUACCAGGGAGCCUGAUGGCGUGGAGCCUGAUGUCGGGCCAGAGGUCUAG